AGUCCGCCUGGCCCCGCCCUGCCCGGGUCGCGCGGGGUUCUAGGGGCUCGAGCGUGCAGACCUUGAGAGCUCGUGGUUCUCGCUUUCUCGCCGCCCCGGUUCUUCCCAGGCCGGCACUCAUCUCCUUCUUCCCACUGCAGUGCGACCAUGUUUGUUCCCUACGGAGAGUCGGUCCCGGAUCUCGCGGGUUUCACCCUCCUGAUGCCAGCAGUAUCCGUUGGAAAUGUUGGCCAACUUGCAAUAGAUCUGAUUAUUUCUACACUGAAUAUGUGUAAGAUUGGUUACUUCUAUACUGAUUGUCUUGUGCCAAUGGUUGGAAACAAUCCAUAUGCAACGUCAGAAGAAAAUUCAACAGAACUCAGUAUAAAUGCUGAAGUAUAUUCACUGCCUUCAAAGAAGCUAGUGGCUCUUCAGUUAAGAUCCGUUUUUAUUAAGUAUAAAUCAAAGCCAUUCUGUGAAAAACUGCUUUCCUGGGUGAAAAGUAGUAACUGUGCCAAAGUUAUUAUUCUUUCAAGCAGUCAUUCCUAUCACCGUAAUGAUCUACAGCUUCGCAGUACUCCCUUCAGGUACCUACUUACACCUUCUGUGCAAAAAAGUGUUCAAAAUAAAAUAAAGAGCCUUAACUGGGAAGAGAUGGAAAAAAGCCAAUGCAUUCCUGAAAUAAGCGAUUCUGAGUUUUGUAUCCGAAUUCCUGGAGGAGGCAUCACAAAAACACUCUAUGAUGAAGGCUGUCUUAAAGAAAUCGCAAUGGUGAUUCUGCUGAAAUUUGUUUCAGAAGGAGACAAUAUCCCAGAUGCAUUAGGUCUUGUUGAGUAUCUUAAUGAAUGGCUUCAGAUAAUCAAACCGUGUGGUGAAGAUCCCACAGCAUCUGCCUUGCCAUGGAAAAUGCCAAGUUCUUGGAGAUUACUCUUUGGUAGUGGUCUUCCCCCUGCGCUUUUUUGAUCUGUUUUCCAUUUUAUACCUUAUAUCCCAAAACACUUAUUGCUAACACAACUACCGUAUUUCCCUGAAAAUAACACCGGGUCUUAUAUUAAGGUUUGCUCCAAAAGACGCAUUAGGGCUUAUGUUCAGGGGAUGUCAUCCUGAAAAAUCAUUCCAGGGCUUAUUUUCCAGUUAGGGCUUAUUUUUUGGGGAAAACAGUAUAUAAAAAGUUGUGUUAUCUAAUGUAUUAGAAAAUAAAUCUUUUCACAGAAAAUCUCAAAGAAAAAUGGAUUAACAAAAGGUGGUUUUUGCCAUGAUUUUCAUCAUAUGCAACAAAUGUAAAUUUUGUACAAUAAAAUAUUU